AUGUCUGUAUGCACACUACACACUACACAAACACUGCGCUGUACUCAACUCCGCAUGCAUACAUGCUCUAGUAUGCAUGGAUUGCAAUCAUUACAUGGAUAUCUUCUUACUUGCAUGCGGUACCUCGCAGUCAGCUGGCCCCCCCUCUCUCUCCCACACGGGCGUAUUCUAGAUUCCAUUCCAAUCGCUCCAUCGCUGUCCCCCCGUUCGCGGCCUCUUCCGCGGUGCAAUAACCACAACCACCUGUCCAUUCAGAACAACCAGACCCAUCAUUCAUUCAUUCAUUCAAUCAGUCGGUCAAUCAAUCAAUCAAGUGUGGCGCCGGAAUCAGAUGUCUCGUUUGGGCCAUUCGGCGUUGGCGCUGUCCGGCGCCUUGGCACAUGGUCUUCGGUGAAUGAGUGAAUGACGCCUGACCACUACGGCCAUCCAUGCAGUAGGCAUGAUUGCAUGAUGGCCCUCAUCUGCUCAUGUCUCCUUCAUCAUUCCUCCGCUUCUUUGUUCCUUUCCUUCUUUCCUUCUCGUCUCCUCUUUGCACGCGCACACCGACUGUGAUCAACCCGUGUGAUGCUGCGCGUGCGUGCACUGUCGCUUGCUUGCUUGCUUGCUUGCUUGCUCUGGGAGGGAUGCCAUGGAGAAUGCGAAACCGUCCAUCACCGACCCAAACCACUUGCAGUCUGAGAGGGCUGACUCAGGCACCUCGCACGCACAAUCCUGAUACUGCCACACUCUCUCGGCACUUGUUCUGAACCCUACCGAAUUAUUCUUCUUCUACUCUCCCGUGCUAUGGCUUUUUUGGUUGUGCGCGCAGUGUGCAGUUUUGUGAUUGGAAGGAAUCAAUGGAUUCAAUGACAUAGCGCUUGGGGCUUACCUCAGCAGCCCUUGUACCACCAGCUGGCGGCUGCAUUCAAUUCAGCCCGUCAGACCGAAAGAAAAAAAACCAUGCAAAGACAGCAUCUGAACAACCACUUACUCACUCCACAUACCUUCACACGCUAGCGACCACAUCACACCCGCUGCAGCAAACCUCCAAUGCUAGCCUCGUUUCAAUUCCACCGCGACGUAAUCGCGCCUGUCCAACCUCAUAUCUUCUCUGGUCGUGUUCGCCUCCGUAACCUUGGGUAACCAACGCGUCGACGAUCUUUUUCCAAGUCCAUUCAAAUUCUCCGCUGCACUGUGCACAUCUAUCCCAUUGGACUGCCAUCCAAGCUACUCUUAGCCAGAUACACAAAUAGCACGCUGUGACUUCAUGCUUGUGCUUCACAAUUCUCCAGCCGCCUGCAUCUUCCCUGCUCCAGUUCAGUCUUCCAUCUCGCUGCAUUACACAUUGCACUUGCAUGACCCUCUGCAGAUGGCUGCAACGCCCGUCUUUCGAUAAUGCCCAUUCUGCAAUCCCCCUGUUUUGCAUCCCAUAGCAUGAACGCAUGUUCUUUGACUUUGCGACCAGGCAGGGGUUUGCUGAUGUAAUCAGCCCUGUCCUUGGUCUGCCUCUACCACCACAAUCUCGUUUCCUCUCAGUCUCAUACAGUCACUGCUCAACCAUUUCCCCUUCCAUGGUCCCCGCACAAUCUCGGCGGCGGCCUGUCCACGGAUACUCAAUGGCCAGUCUUGACAUUUGAUCGACCAACCCAUAGACUGUUUCAUCCAUCCAGCAUCUCCCCUCAACCCUCUCCACCUCCCCCCCCCCACAUGUGACAUGCUGCCAGCCCAGCCCUCCAUGACGUCUCUCAGCCCUUUUGAAACACCCACCGCCCAUUCCACCAAAACAACCAGAACAUCGCAAAACGAAAUCGGAGAAGAAAAUAAGGCACCACACCCCCUAAACCUAAGCGCCACACGCACUACCAUCUCGAGUUAGCGCAGAGCGGGUAUCACGCUCGCUCCCGCAAAAGCAAGAUCUCAUUCCCGCCUUAAUUCAAGCAAAUCCAAGAUUCAUCCAAUUCCACCCAACCUUCUUUCUCGUUGCUCUUCGAAACAAGGCACACGACACCUUAUUUGCUCCCCCAGCAACCUAAACAACCUCAAACGCGCUCGCACUCUAUACACGAACCAGUAGCCACCGGUGGAUUGCCCGGCCAAUCGCUCUCCUUUCUUUUUGUCUGACCUUUCUUCUUUUCCUAUUCGUUGUUC